AUGAUCUGUACAUCAUGGCGGAGUUACAAUGUUCCCAGCAAUCUGGGGGGGAUAAACCGAUCGGAAACAUCAACUCCAAAACGGAAGCGCAUUCUAAAAGUGCACACUAUUGACAAGAAGUUUGCAGCGAUCACUGCAGUGGAGGCAGGUUCCAAAUCCAAGAGUGAAAUUGCGAGAGAGUUUGAAAUUCCGCCUAACACUCUUUCUACUUGGUUGAAAAUGGCAGAUAAGAUUAAAGAAUCCAUGUUACAGUCAGGUGCAAAACGUCGUAGGUUAAAGGAGGCUAAGUUUCCUGAACUUGAGGAAGCACUACUCAAAUGGUUCAAGAUAGCGCGGGACCAAAAUGUCCCAAUUAAUGGUCCAUGUCUAUGCCGAAAAGCAAUAGAACUAGCAACGCAACUUGGUAUAACAGAUUUUGUUGCCAGUACCGGAUGGCUGAAUCGGUAUAAAGAGAGAAAUGACAUUCUUUUCAAAGCUGUUUGUGGGGAAUCAAAAUCUGUAGAUAAUGAUUCUCAAGCUAUGAAUGACUGGGCAAAAUCCUUACAACAAGUGUUACAGAAGUUUGAGCCAGAUUGCAUUGACAAUGCUGAUGAGACAGGAAUGUUCUACCGUCUUUUGCCUAACAAAACUCUUGAGUUCAGAGGUGUCAAAUGUCACGGUGGUAAACAAUCAAAGGAACGCCUAACUGUGCUUGUCUGUGCUAAUCAAACUGGAACUGAUAAGGUGCCCUUAUUAGUGAUAGGGAAAUCUGCUAAGCCGCGUUGCUUUAAGAACGUCAAAUCUCUGCCGACUUCAUAUUGUAACAACAAGUCUGCCUGGAUGACGUCUGGUUUAUUUUGUGAUUGGGUAAAAUCAUUAGAUAAACAAAUGAUUAGACGGAAGAAGAAGAUUGCUCUCAUUUUAGACAACUGCCCUGCUCACCCGAAAGUCAAAGGUCUCACAAACAUUACUCUUGUGUUCCUUCCACCAAACACAACUUCUAAAACGCAGCCAAUGGACCAAGGUGUCAUCAAUAAUCUGAAGGUCCACUACAGGAAUGCAGCUCUUGACCGUUACAUAGAAGCCAUCAACGACAGUAAACAAUGUGUAAUCACAGUGCUUGAUGCCAUGCGUAUGUUACGACAUGCUUGGCAGAAAGUAAAGCCAGUAACAAUCUCCAACUGCUACCGCCACGAUGGAUUCGUUCUGACAGAAGCCGCAUCUCCCGACGCCCCAUGUGAAUCUGACGAUGAAGAUGACAUCCCCCUAGCCAGAUUACUUCCAGGUGAUGUGACUUUGGCCGACUAUGUAAGUGUCGAUGACAACAUUGAAACAUGUGCCCCUUCAUCUGAUGCCGACAUCAUCGAGUCAUUGCUUGGUCCCAGGACCUGUCACAACGACGACUCGUCUGAUGAUGAAGACGAGACACACCCUGCCGUCAAACCACCACCAUCCGUAUCGGAAGCGAUAAAGUUCUGUGAAGGACUGGAGUAUUUGGAAUCAUUGAGGCAACCGUAA